GGAGACGGGGAAUUGCUGCUAGGGAAGAGAGAGGUGGGAAGCGGAUUGUGGGGAGGGGGCGGCGAUGGAGGAGGGGGUGGAGGGGAGCGGCGGCGGCGGGGGGCUUGGGCGGAAGAUCCCGGCGGGGGAGGUGGAGCUGAAGGAGAAGUCGGGGACGGCGUGGAGCCACUCGUUCCUGAACCAGAAGCCAUGGCACCCGCUGUCGUACCCGAACCAGCGCCGCAAGUGGAUCGCCGAGCAGAUCCACACCAACCGCGCGCGCCGCGACGAGGAGGUGCAGCGCGAGUUCGCGCAGGAGCAGGAGUUCUUCCGCCAGACCGCGCUCUUCUCCAAGAAGGACAAGGAGAAGAUGGAGAUAAUGAAAGCUGUGAGUUUCAUGUACGUCCGCCCACCUGGAUACAAUCCAGAGAGUGCAAAGGCUGCUGAAAUUCAAGAUGAGAAGAAGAAGCUGGAUCAAGGCGAUGCCGCCGAAGAUGCUGUAGCUGCAAAUACCUCUUCAAUGCCUGAUGAUGGCCCAGAGAAGAAAAAGAGUAGGCCGAAAGAUGUGUUUGGCCGUUCAUUGCCAACAGAGCAAGAAUUUGAAGUUCUGAAAAAUGCUCCAAGAUUGGACACAGGUGCUCCUGCUAGACCUAAACCAUUUGGAGUCGAAGUUCGUAAUGUUAGAUGUUUAAGAUGUGGAAACUUCGGCCAUCAGAGUGGUGACCGGGAAUGUCCCAUGAAGGAUAUUAUCAUGCCGAAUGAGGAGAGCCGAUUGAAAAGGGACGAUCCACUUACAGCAAUAAAGGCACAGACUGAUUCAAGUGAGCCUUUGAAGUGGGAGCUUAAGCAAAAGCCUGGCAUGAGCCCUCCUCGAGGUGGAUAUAACCCUGAUGAUCCUAAUCAGCAGAUUGUAGCAGAAGAGAUAUUUGAUGAAUAUGGAGGAUUUCUCGGCGAUAUUGACAUUCCGGCUCUCCUUACCAACUUCUCCACGAGUAAAUCAAAGAAACGCUCCAAGAGUAAAAACAGGCGCAGGCAGUCUGAGCCUGCUGCUCAUGUAGAAUCUGGAAGACAUCAUAGCAGUCAUCAUUCAUCGUCAGAUUCGGAACCUGAGAAGAACAACAGGGUGUCAGGAAGCAAGAGAAAGAAAAAAUAUUGUUCUGACCCAUCCUCGUAUUCUGAUUCUGAGGCGGAAGCUGGGAAAGGAAAAGCCAAGAAGAAGUCAAAGCACAGGCACAGGAAGAAACACCUGCUAGAGUCCUCUUCUGAAUCAGAAGUUGAAGUUGACACAAGAAGGCAUCCAAAGAGGGAGCACAGGAAGAAAAAGAAGAAAGAGGGGAUGGAAAUUGCCCCAGUUUCCUCCUCCAGAGAUAAAGGAUAUACGAUAAGCAAGAGGCCUUCGAAGCGAUCGAGAGAGAAGCAACACUACAGUGACUCAAGUUCUUCUGAGAGCAAGCAGCAGCAUCCAACACGAUGGCAGGACAAGCAAUCCCACAGUGACUCGAGUUCUUCCGAAAGCAAGCGGCAUUCAAGGAGAUCAAGGGAAAAGAGACAUCACAAAAUGCCAGAUUUUCCCGUGAGCAAUAGGUCUUCACGGAAAUCGGAUGAGAAGUGGCACUAUACUGAUUCAAGCGCACGUGAAAGCGAUAGACAUUCAAGGAAACCAAGAGAAAAAUCACGCUACUCUGAUCCAAGUGCUUCUGAGUAUUCAGAUUCUGAUCGGCCUUCACGGAGAUCAAAUGAGAAGCGACACUAUACUGAUUUGAGUACACAUGAAAGUGAUAGGCAUUCAAGGAAACCGAAGGGAAAAUCGCGCUGCUCUGAUCUAAGUGCUUCUGAGUAUUCAGAUUCUGAUCGGCGUAAUAGUCAUCGCCGUCGUCGAAGAAAAUGAGUAGUGGCGGUUAACAACAGACGCGUCUCUCCACAGAAGAUAUCAGCAUUGCUGUUUCUGUGGUUGCAUUAGAUAGAUAUGUAGUAUUUUGUUCCCAGAGAGUUCUGAAGGUCACUGGGGUCCACGGUGAGUAUUCCAUCAGGUAAAUUCAGCUGCUAUCUCUGGAUCACUAUCAGCUGCUCUGCAAUGCGAUAAUAAUUUCACUGUGUGACUUGAGUUGCGUCAUCCUGGGGAAAAUUGGUGUGCAUUUUGUUGUAUGUGUUAUUGUAUCUUGUAGACGUUUGAAACAUUUGGAACUUUUUGUGUUCCUGUGGCCUGUGGGGAACGAAUUCUUGCGAAAUUCCUGUUCUUCAGACAUGCCUUCGCAUACUGGAAUCGCCUAUGUGCUUCCUGAGAUGCUAUGCGGCCACUCGUAAGCAGAGGUUCUUUUGUCCUCCA